AUGAAAGAAGAGAUCAAAAAGAUCGAUAAAAAUGGAACAUGGGAACGUGUCGAACGUCCACAUGACAAAGAAAUCAUUGGCGUGAAGUGGGUUCACAAAACCAAAACUAAUCCAGAUGGAUCAAUUCAAAAACCUCAAAAGAAAUGCAGAAUUCAUCAGUUAGAUGUUAAAUCAGCAUUUCUAAAUGGUGAGUUGGAGGAAGAGAUAUAUAUCCAGCAACCACAAAGUUUUGUCAAGCAAGGAGAGAAGAGGAAGAGGAGUCCAAAUGAACCAACACUUUACAUUAAGACUAUAAAUUCGGGUACUCUUAUUGUUUCUAUGUAUGUAGAUGAUCUUAUCUAUACAGGGAACAAUGAAUCUCUACUUCAGGUGUUCAAGGAAGACAUGAUGAAGACAUUCGAGAUGACCGACCUCGGAUUAAUGCACUAUUUUUUCGGACUCGAAAUAAAUCAAGAAGAAGAAGGCAUCUUCAUAUGUCAGAAGAAAUAUAUUGAAAACCUACUAAAAAGGUUCAAGAUGGCUGGAUGCAAGUCUGUAGCAACACCACUGGUACCUAAUGAAAAACUAAGGAAGGAAGAUGGAUCGGCGAAAGCAAAUGCAUCAACCUACAGAAGUAUAAUUGGAAGUUUGCUAUACCUUACGGCAACAAGGCCUGAUAUCAUGUAUGCAACUAGUUUACUGUCAAGAUUUAUGCAAAGUCCAACACAAAUUCAUUAUGGUGCAGCAAAAAGAAUGUUAAGGUAUCUACAAGGUACAAAGGAGUACGGCAUAUGGUACAAGCCAGAAACAGACUCAAAACUAGUUGGGUACACGGAUAGUGACUGGGCUGGUUCAGUGGAUGAUAUGCGAAGCACAUCAGGCAAUGCAUUUUCACUUGGUUCUGGUAUAUUUUCUUGGACUUCUAAAAAGCAAGAAAGAGUCGCGCAAUCAUCAACAGAAGACGAGUAUAUAUCAGCUGCAGAAUCAGCACGCCAAGCUACAUGGCUGAGAAGAAUAUUUGAAGAUUUGGGAGAAAAGAAAAAUCAAGCGACUGAAAUAUAUUGUGACAACAAGUCUGCGAUUGCUAUAUCGAAGAAUCCUGUGUUUCAUAAUCGCACAAAACACAUUCCUAUCAAGCAUCAUUUUAUUCGAGAAGCAACAGCGGACAAAGAAAUUGAGCUCAAGUACUGCAAUACUGGAGAAAAAAUUGCAGACAUAUUUACAAAAUCUUUGGCAAGGCCAAAAUUUGAGUUCCUAAGAAGACUACUGGGAGUUGAUCAAAAGUGUAUCAAGGAGGAGUGUUGA